AGCCGAAGUUUUUAAAGGGCCUGGCUUUAAACGCGGAGCGAGGAUCGGGCUGAGGACUCAUCAUGCCAGGGCGGCGGUGCGUGUGCCCGGGCGCCGGUCUGCGGCGUUGUGUCCCGGCGGAGCUGCGCGGCCGUGCCGUGCCGGGCCCGGCGGUGCGGUGCCGGUGGCGGUGCGGGCGCGGAGCGGAGCCGAGCGGAGCCGCGCUCUCCUCCCGCUCGCUUUCUCUUUCCCCCUCUCUCGCUCGCUCCCUCUCCCGCUCGCUCUCCCCCCUCCCUCCCUCGCUCUCUCGCUCUCCCUCUCUCUCUCCUACACUGCCAGCCCCUGAUGUGAUGGCGAAGAAACCCCGUUGACAAGGCACUGCUUUUUCAUGACGUUGUCAUGGAUGAUGACGAUGAUGAAUCCUGUCUCCUUGAUCUUAUUGGGGACCCACAAGCGCUGAAUUAUUUUCUACAUGGACCUAGUAGUAAAUCUAGCAAUGAAGACUUGACUAAUGCAGAAUAUUCUGUAGCCAACUCAAAUUCGAUUUUCGCCAACUCCAAUAACACUGAUCCUAAGUCGUCUGUAAAAGGUGUAAGUGGUCAACUUGGAGAGGGGCCUAGUGAUGGACUGCAGCUGUCCAGUAGCCUUCAGUUUCUUGAAGAUGAACUUGUGUCUUCUCCUUUACCUGAUCUUACUGAGGAUCAGCCUUUUGAUAUUCUUCAGAAGUCCUUGCAGGAGGCCAAUAUUACUGAACAGACUUUGGCGGAAGAGGCAUAUUUGGAUGCCAGUGUAGGUUCUAGCCAACAGUUUGCACAAGCUCAGCUUCAUCCUUCUUCAUCAGCAUCCUUUACUCAGGCUUCUAAUGUUUCUAAUUACUCAGGUCAGACGUUGCAACCUAUAGGAGUUACUCAAGUGGUACAGCAACCUGUUGGAGCAUCUUUUGCAAGCAAUACAGUUGGUGUGCAACAUGGCUUUAUGCAACACGUCGGAAUUAGUGUUCCCGGCCAGCAUUUGUCUAAUAGCAGCCAGAUUAGUGGUUCUGGGCAGAUCCAGCUGAUCGGUUCAUUUAGUAACCAACCUUCCAUGAUGACCAUCAAUAACCUCGAUGGAUCUCAGAUAAUACUGAAAGGCAAUGGUCAGCAAACACCUGCAAACAUGAGCAGUGGCCUCGUGGUUCAUAGACAAACUCCAAAUGGGAACUCGCUGUUCAGUAACUCAAAUUCAAGUCCCGUAGCACAACCUGUAACUGUUCCAUUUAGCAGCACAAAUUUUCAGACUUCAUUGCCUGUCCAUAAUAUCAUCAUUCAAAGGGGUUUGGCGCCAAACUCUAACAAAGUUCCUAUUAAUAUCCAACCAAAGCCUAUUCAGAUGGGUCAGCAGACUGCUUACAAUGUGAAUAACUUGGGAAUACAGCAACAUCAUGUACAGCAAGGGAUUCCAUUUGCUUCUGCAAACUCACCUCAAAGUUCAGUAGUUGGUCCUCAUAUGUCUGUUAAUAUUGUUAAUCAACAACAAAAUACAAGAAAAUCAGUUACACCUCAAACAGUUAGCAAUGCUGGAGGUAGUAUUGUUAUCCAUUCUCCUAUGGGACAGCCUCAUGCACCUCAAAACCAGUUUCUCAUACCUACAAGUUUGUCUGUUAAUUCUAAUUCAGUUCAUCAUGUCCAGGCCAUAAAUGGACAACUUCUUCAGACUCAGCCUUCCCAGCUGGUUCCUGGCCAAGUGUCUGCUGAGCAUGUAAUGCUUAACAGGAACUCUACAAACAUGCUUAGAGCCAACCAGUCAUAUUCAGGACAGAUGCUGAAUAAUCAGAACACAGCUGUUCAGCUUGUUUCAGGCCAGACAUUCACAGCUCCUGGAAACCAAGUUAUAGUAAAUCACGGAACUUCCCAAAUUGUUGGUGGACAGGUGCCACUGCAGCAGGCGUCACCAACGGUGUUGCAUUUGUCACCCAGCCAAGCGAAUGUUUCUCAAGGCAGAUCGAGUUUUACCACCAUGUCACCUGGGCAGUCCACAGUCUCAAAUAUGUCAGCUUCUAGUCGAUUUGCUACUGCGAGUUCUUCUGGUUCAGUGCACCCCAGCCUGGGAGCAUCCGUUCAGUCUGUCGCGUCGGGAGGGAGCUUUACGGGAGAUCAGCUGGUCCAGAACAGAGCUCAAGUUGCCGUCAGUGCAUCACAUCGUCUUCCAGCAUCCUCCUCCAAGUCUGUCAGCACCUUUAGUCACACGUCUGUGGGAGUAACACAACAACAGUUUGCCUUUGGUCAGAAAAAGGCCGUGAAUCAGACAUCACCAGUUUCUGCAUCGAAGACACAGGACAAUUUGAGACAGCCUCAGCUAACAAAUCUUCUGAGCAACACACUAUCAGGACAGGACUCUGGAGGAAAAAUCAUACAACAAUCUCUAGGAGCAGCACAGCCACAAGAAAAAGUGAUAGGAUCGUCAUCAGUUCAGCAGAGUAUACAGGUCGAUGGUCAUUUAGUUGGACAGAAAAGGCCUGCUGCUAAACAGUUAACUAAAGGAGCUUUUAUUCUACAGCAAUUACAGAAGGAUCAGGUACAUGCUGUGACACCGGAUAAAAGUCAGUUCAGAUCAUUAAAUGAUGCAGUUCAGAGGCUCCUUUCAUACCAUGUGUGCCAGGGAUCACUGCCAACAGAAGAAGAUUUAAGAAAAGUGGACAGUGAAUUUGAAUCCGUAGCUACACAGCUUCUGAAGAGGACACAGGCUAUGCUGAACAAAUACAGAUGUUUGCUUAUAGAAGAUGCAAUGCGGAUAAAUCCCUCUGCAGAAAUGGUUAUGAUUGAUAGGAUGUUCAACCAGGAGGAAAGAGCAUCUCUGACCCGGGAAAAGCGUCUUGCACUUGUGGAUCCUGAUGGUUAUCAGGCCGAUUUUUGUUGUUCUGCCAAACAAUUUGAGAAGACAGCUGAAGAAGCACAGUCCAGCAAAAGUGACCAUCAAUCUAGCAAAACAUUACCUUCUCGGAGUCAGACUACCAAAACCCAAGCCAGAGACCGACCAAAAUCCAAUUCAGCAGAGUCCACAAAUCACAGUAAACUUCCUAUAGUGCCUAACAACAUUCUGACACCACAAGAAGGAAAAGCUUCUACUAAAAAAUCUGAGAGCCUCACUAAAGCUUUAAAGUUUGAAAAAGCUAAUUGUUCUUCUGAGAGCCAGUACAUGGCCCUUUCUGAAGAAAGGAUGAGUGGGAAAGAUCUUGCCAAGUCCACUGAGAAUUCUUCAAGUUCUGAAGACUUGUCAAAAAUAGUGUCAAGAGGCAGUCAUGGAACACACAAUAAAAUAUCAAGGAACGCAGUUCAGCCUUUCUCAAAGGAUGGCUGAGCAAAACACCAUUCAUUUUGAGGAUCUGAGUGGAGAAAAAAAAAAAAAGCCAGAAUCAGAUUGGCAGAAGGAAAGGUAAGUGUAAAGACUUUUAAAGCUUAGAGGAAUUCCUCUCUUCUUUUUAAUAAACCUUUGAUUUUUUUCCUUUCAAAUCAUACACACAUUUUCUUGGAGUUUUCACAACGAUGCGUUUGUCAGACGGCUUCAAGAAAUGGGAGAAACUGUCUUUGUGACCGGGGGUCAGCUCUCACUUUGGCUGAAGAAAGUCACUGGAGAAAAGAAGAAGGUCUGGUGAAGAUCUGCUCAUAGCAGCUCUGGAGCACAGAUGCAAUGCAUGUACAGAUUUCAGAUGAGUAGUGUUGGAUGCACUGGGUUAUUUGUGAUUUAUGGAUUGGUGUUUGUGAGUGCUGCUAAUCUUGCAACUGGUCAUCGUAUUGGACAUGGAAAAAAGUGUGCAUAAUAAUGAGUUACAAUAGGUAAACACCUAGUAAGCUAGAAGGGAGCCUUCAGUUCUAGGGGAGAAAACUUGCAAAGGACACAGAGUGUCCAGCUGAAGCAUUAUUUUUGGUGUAAAGCAAAAAGCUUUAAAAUUACCCUGCUGUGUGCUGAGGUUAAACCCCAUUUUAUUUUAUUUCUAGAGUCUAUAUUUUACCUUGUGGGGAAAAAGUGUUCUAUAAAUGGAGGAACUAGCUGCAUCAGAAUUUAAAGCUCUUCUGUAUUUUAUUUUUUUUUAAUACACACACACACACAUAUAUGUAUGUAUAUGUAUAUAUGGAGUGUGUGGAUUGACCUCUUCUCCCAGACAGCUAGUGGCAGAACAAAGACUUAAGCUGUGCCAGGGGAGGUUCAGGCUGGAUGUAACAGGAAUUUUGUCUCUGAAAUGGUUAUUCCUCACUGGAAUGGACUGCCCAGGAAGUGGAGUCAGCAUGACUGGAAACCUGAUAUAGAUCAUCUCACAGCGAGGUGUUUCUGUGUGUAUCUGGGACUGACAAAUGGCCAACAGCAUCAAAAUGCAUGGAGUUAAUAUUAUUGAGGUUGAAAAAUUCCACGUUGCUUUCAUGGCAAAAUUAAUCAGGGAUUUUGGAAGCCUCUCUUAGCAAGUGUAAGUAGACUGUCUGCUGUGCCUGUGGAAGGCUCUCUGCUGAGUGCUCAGGAGCAGGGACUUGGAAACCUUUGUGUCCAGAGAAGGAAAUUCACAUGAGGCUGAAGGAGACGAGGCUCCAGGGUUUGGUAGAGAUGAGCAGGAAGGUGAGUAGGUGUGCACAGGAUGAAUUUUUUUGGGAUCUGAGAUUUAAAUGACAAACCUGCUUUUAAAAACACAGGAUGUAUUGUAGACACAGGAAGCUUUACAGUACAGUAUCUGUUGAUGUAUUAGAUAACAUAAUUAAUAUUAAAUACACUGCUCUCUUUGCCUUUGCACCUGGGUGAAAAAUGGAUUUAGUGAAUAUUUUACUCAGAUGAGGAUUUGUGUGUCUUAACAGUUGCAAGGAUGGGCUGACACAGAAUUUGAAAGCUGUUUGUGAAAGAAUAUAUCUAAUAUGCAAGGUUUGAUGUUAAUUUGAGCAAGAACAUUGCUAAAAACUCUGAGUCAGUUCCAAAAUAUUGUGGAAUGGGGGAGGUAUUUUCAUGCUACUGAAUGAUUGUCAUUGACAACCUAAGUAUUUGGUAAGAGGUAAGGAAGGUAUGGAAUCUAUUUGCUACUAUAUUGGUUAUUUUCCUGAGGGUGAAUUUGAUUAAUUUUGAGUUUUUAGUGAAAACAACAUACAAUGUUAAAGUAUCGGUAGUAAUUAGAAUUCCUGUUAUGAAAAUGCAAUAUGUUACUCUCCUUUAUUCACAAGGGCAAUUUUAGUCCUGUGACAACCAGUCUGAGAGUUAAAUCUCACUUCCCAGGAAGCUGAGGUCUGCUUUUUAUAAAGUGAAAUAUUAAUACAUAUGAUUUUGUUAAAGCUAAAAGGGAGAUACCACCCCACUCUGAUUUUGUUUUUUUUUUUUUUAUCCUUUGACAAUCAAAUUUUAAUCUCCUAAGUAAUAAAGGCAUUCAUGGGUACUUCAGCAGCGUUCUGUCAGAGGCUGCAUGGUUUGUUUCAGAGCCAUUUUGAUGAAACAGGAUCCUACAAAAAAAUGUCAUAUUUUACCCAUGCUCCCAUUUUCUGUACAUUUUCCAUAACUUUUGGAAGAAUUAAUGUUUGUCUUCGAUUUGUAAACUCUCUAGCUAAGAGACCCCCUCUGCUAUUUGCAUGCAGAUAUGUUUAGUGUUUAUCCGAAUCAGAGUUGAAGGUAUUUUCUUCCUUACCUGGAUGGUUUGGUAGAAAUAAAUACAAGAUUAUUGAUGGCAAGAAAAACUGGAUUUAUUUACUUUUCUUUUUUUUCCCCUUCAUCUGCCAUGCUUUUUCAGACCUGAAGGUGUUAGUAGUAGUUUUAUGGCUCUUGAUACCAGAGUCCAGGCAUUGAAAGAAUUUGAGACUGAAGACUGGAUUAAACCAUGCCACAAAUUGUGUGAAAACGAGCCUUAGAACCUUAAAUACAGACCUGCUUGUUUGUCCUGCAAUCCAAAAGCAAGAUUUAUCUUGAAAUCCAGUGUUGCUGUGUGUGUGGAGAGGAAGAGGAGAAGGAGCAGAUGUAAAUUGUUAAAGGUCUAUUGAUUUUUAGAACAGAAAAAAGAGUAUUUUCAUUUGCUUCCUUUGUCCCCUCAUUUACUUAAGAUUGCAGGAGCUUUGACACUGGUGAGUUGACAAUGUUCUGUAAGAGGUUUAAAAAUGAGAAGCGCUGUGGAAAGCAGAAUAUGCAGCUCUAUUUGUCUUUUCCAGGGGUAGCUCUAUAACUUCACGUUCUGUGUAAAUAAACAGUAGGUUUCAGUUAUCUGCUGCUAAUUAGCACCCAAAUUUGAUUUGCACUCUUUUCAAAGGGACUCAUAUCUUUCCAUUUAGUUAUUUGUUUCAGUGCAAUGAGUGAGUUUAAUUCAAACCAAACGUGGGUCAAUUUCCUACUGGGGGAAAAAAAUAAAACAAGGAAUGUAUUUGUCCACAGUCCUAUCAGUUUUAGUUUAAUGUAUGUGGUGAUUCACAGCCUCAGUGGGGAGGUGAAUAUAUGUUAAUCUGUGAAUUGGCUUUGCCUGCUUGGCAAGUUUGUAAAGGGCUUGGUCAGCUGUAGAAGGUCUUAAAUAAUUGUGCCAAAGGGAUGGUUCUGGUGGGCUCUGAGUAAUGAGAGGCAGAAUUUCCCCCCCCAGAUAUUAUUUCUCUUACACAGCAUCGAGCCAAUUGAUCUUUCACACAGACUUUUUUUGUUCUGUAGUAAUUAUUCUUUUAAUCUUUAUAGGCAAACUGUAUUUAUUCCUCUGAAUGUAAUGGUGCUGCCAACAGUCUCUGAGGGCAUUGAAACAAUGGUCUCAUCCCUUUCCGUUACCAAAAGCACCUACUAAAAACUAUAAGCCUAGGGAAGAAAUGAAGCAAUUUAAGACGUGUCUGGUGGAGUGGUUGACUAAAACAUCAAGCAGUGCUCUGGAAAUCCUGCAGUACUGUAUCAUGUGGAUACUGCCCUGGGAAACAUGCUCCAGGUGACCCUGCUUGAGCAGGGGCCUUAGACAAGAUGACCUCCAGUUGUCCCAUUCAUCCUUAACAACUCUAUGCUAAUAAUAUUCAGUUAACAUUGUGGAGAAAGGUUAUUUAAGUGUGCAGCGCUGGCUGCAGUUUUCAAUUGAACUUUAUGAGAUCACACAAGUGAUGGUGUGUAUUGAAAAAUACAUUAAUUUCUGCUUUUUGUGACCUAGAAAUAGAAUAUACUGUGAGGAAGAUGUUAAAAGAUUGUUACCAGUCAAAUGGUUAGUAUUUUACAGAAAAGUUAGUAUUUGUCAGAAAAGUAGACAUCGUCUUUAGCAGAGCUGUCUUGUGGAUGAACAUUCACCAAAUGCCAGCAGCUACUGAUGCUCUGCUAGGGAGCCUCCUACAUGCUGUAGCUCUAACUCCAGGGAGUCAUUAAUAAAAUGUUCACUGGAUGCAGUGAAUGCUCUUCAUUUUAACAUGUCUUGUCUUUUUUUCACCGUUAAAAUAUUCUAUGUCCAUCCUCAUCCACUGUCAGAACCCAGGAUGCCCCCCUGACGGUCCUGGAUGACCCGAGCCCCAGCCAGGGGGCUUUGAAGCCCUGACAGGGGGGUCAGAGACCCUGGCAUGCAGCCAAAGACCCCUGUGGCUUUGAGUUUGACCCAUGGAACAAGUUACCACCUUUAUGAAGAAUUAAAAGUCACAAAAAUUUAGAUAGCGUAGUAAUAGUAAUCACAGGGUGAAGGGAAAAAUUUUGGAGCACUGUACAGCGGGGUUUUGAACCUUGUACAGGGGGGUUUGGAAUCCUGUACAUGGGGGUCAGGGGUUCUAAGAUGGAGGGAUUUGGGUGUGCCCUAUCCUUCUUUCUUCCCCCUGGCAUCCAUGUUCAGGAUGAUGUUGGCAUUCACAGAUCGGUUUAGAGUAGAAAGUCACUGUCUAACAUAGGUCAUAGGUAUUGGGACAUUAUUGUAAACAUAGUAUACAUAGCUUUUAGUAUAAAAGAUAGCACCAGCCCGAGAGGCAGAGUGUGUCU